GAGAGCACGUGACAGCCCCCCCCUCAGCCGGGGGCCGGCUGCGCUCACGUGACGGGCCGAGGUACAGCGCACGUGACCGGCCCCCUUUAGAAUUCGCCGCGGGAGAACCGGCUCCGGGGGUGAAAUGGUUGCCAUAGAAACGGGGCUCGCGAUCCCCCUACCCCGCCGCCUCUUCUUCUUCUUCCUCCUCGCCCUGUGGCUGCUGGCGGUGGCCGCCGAGGGAUCGCCCGCAGGUGACAGAACACCCCAACCGGUUUUUCAAGAGAAGUAUUUCGAGCAGUGGCUGGACCACUUCAAUUUUGAAAACUAUGGCAACAAAACCUUUCCCCAGAGGUACCUCAUCACAGAUAAAUUCUGGGAAAAGGGAAGGGGACCCGUCUUUUUCUACACCGGGAACGAAGGAGACGUGUGGGGCUUUGCUCAGAACUGCGGCUUCAUCCUGGAGCUGGCCGAGGAGCAGAAGGCCUUGGUGGUCUUUGCCGAGCAUAGGUAUUAUGGGAAGUCGCUUCCGUUCGGAGCGGCUUCGCUGGAAGGAAAGAAUGCCGGGCUGCUGAGCGUCGAGCAAGCCCUUGCUGACUACGCCGGGCUCAUCACUGAGCUGAAGAAGCAGUACGGAGCAAGGGACUCACCUGUCAUCGCUUUUGGAGGCAGUUAUGGGGGAAUGCUGAGCGCCUACAUGAGAAUGAAGUAUCCCAACCUUGUAGUGGGCGCACUGGCGGCCAGUGCCCCUGUGCUGUCUGUGGCUGGGAUCGGAGAGUCCAACCAAUUCUUCAAGGACGUCACGUUGGAUUUUCAGAACUACAGCCCAGAUUGUGCCCAGGCUGUGAGGGAUGCGUUCCGGCAAAUCAAAGACCUGCUCCUGGAUGGAGCUUACGAGCAAAUCGGCAGCAAGAUGUCUACCUGCCAGAAGCUUUCCUCGGAAGCCGAUGUCUACCAGCUCUUUGAAUUUGUCCGGAACGCCUUCACCAUGAUCGCUAUGAUGGACUACCCUUACAAGAGCGACUUCAUGGGCCACUUUCCAGCGUACCCUGUCAAGGUCGGCUGUGAACUGAUUCUGGCAGACAAGGACCGGAUCCGAGGCUUGGCGGCUCUGAGCGGAUUGUUCUACAACGCCACAGGGGCGGCUCCGUGUUUUGACAUCUACAAGCAGUACCGGAAGUGUGCCGACCCGACCGGCUGUGGUACUGGCUUGGACGCGGAGGCGUGGGAUUAUCAGGCUUGCACCGAGAUCAACUUGACGUUCGACAGCAACAACGUGACCGACAUGUUCCCAGAAAUCCCCUUCCCCGAGGCUGCCCGGGAAGAUUACUGUUUCCGCAGAUGGGGGGUUCGCCCCCGGCCAUCGUGGCUGCGGACCAGCUUCUGGGGGGACGAUCUGGCAGCUGCAAGCAACAUCAUCUUUUCCAACGGAGACCUGGAUCCCUGGGCUGGUGGAGGGGUUAGAAAGAACCUGAGCCCCUCGGUGAUUGCCAUCAUGAUUAAAGGAGGCGCCCAUCACUUGGACCUCCGUGCCUCCAACCCAGCGGAUCCACCCUCGGCCAUAGAGGCUCGCCGGCAAGAAGCACAGAUCAUCCUUGGCUGGGUAAGAUCCACCCGCACCAAGAAAGGCUCCCCGGGAACUCUCCAGGGAAGGAUUCCCCAUCACCAUCUGGCCAGCCUUUAACAAGACGCACCAGUGCCAGCGUUUUUGUGCCUAAACUAGCCGGAUGUCCCACCGCCUGCCCGCCAUGAGAACUGGGUCGUGUCCUGUCCAGGCAGUGACGCUUCUGAGUCCCAGUGAAAAUAAAAACUGGAAAAGACCUUCUUGAAA